UGCAGAAAUCCGAACCGCUAACAUCACUCUUCGAGCAAGAUGAACAACAGUCCAUGUGUUAUAUUACUGCAGAUCAUAUCAAUCUUAGUCAUCAGGUGCCAUAACACAGCUGGGAAGAAUCCCUGCAACAGCGCGCUUGGAUGUAUCUCAAAUUUUGAGUGCCCAAUCGACGAGCAUUGGGCACCUGGUGCAUCUUCCGACGGGUGCUGUCCCGGUUGUGUGAAGGGAUUGGGACUCGACCAAAUAGGCUGCGACGGAAACAAUCCCUGUGCCCCCGGACUGACGUGUGCGAAGGGGGGAAUUUGUAAAUUAAAUAUAGAGGAUUGCCUCUCCACGAAGCACCUGUCGUCAAAGGUAUCUUGGAAGCCUGACUGUGAUGCGUCGAGCGGGAAGUUCCGGUCCAAACAGUGCCGUGGCGAUGCCGUUUCGGGUCGUUGUUUCUGCUACUCGGCUACCGGCAGGCGAAUCUUCGGCUGGGAGUGGCGCGGCAAGGCCUCGGAUAUGACGUGCGCUUGCAGCCGGCUCCGUGCCGAUCUCGAGGCCACAGGAAGACGUGACGUAACUCUCCACUGCACCGCAAAUGGCAACUUCGAGGAGCUACAGUGUGACGAUGGACUCUGUUGGUGUGUCGAACCGAAAGCUGGUAGAGCGUGGCCAAACUCUCCCGUUGUUCCGCUGUCACUGUGGAAGCAUCUGCCCUGCUACAAUGGCACCCUACAUGGAGACCAGUACCUGAGGCGUUGUGAAAGUGCAUCUUACGCACAGGAGAUCGUCCGGGGCAGAUUUGUUCUCCAGGGACAUGUGAACGUGAGCCAUACCGACAUCGCAUGCGACUACGAUGGCAGCUACGGGAAAUACGAAGUCGAGGGUGGCUUCGCAUAUUGCACGUGGCGUGAUGGAGAACGGAUAUCACCGUUCCAAGUGAACGCUUUGAAACUAAAACUAAUGACCUGCAGUAAGUAUUCGAGAUACUUAGCUCUCCACGGAAUCGCCUUAAAGUAUGCUUCCCACGAGGGCGCAUAUUGUGAACUGGGGGCAGUCGGUCGGUCAUGUUUAUGGGGUAAUACUUUCCCCCCUACUACCACACUUCGCUUCGCAAACAUAAAUAUUAGAGAAGCCGUCAUCGGAAAACAUAAAAAAGCAGCAGCGAGCGAGAGAAAAUUAGUGAGAGGAAGAGAAAUAUUGUGCCCGCGAUCAAAAAACCUUCAUCGGCGCCGACUUACAGUUCGUGCUCGAGUGCGAGGGAAACGGAAACUAUCAGAUGCUCCAGAGCCGGAAUGGGAAUUUAUUUUGCAUUGAUCGUGAUGGGUUCGAGGUGGCCAACAAUGUUGAAGCGGAGGAGGAUUGCUCUGCGCAUAUGUUCGGUUGACGACGUGGAUUUGUGUGUAUUAUUGAAGUGUAUUCUAAUGAAAUAAAAAUCUAA